AGCAACCGCAACCACAACCGAAGAUGGCAAACAAGUGUUUCACAUUCCCGCUAUCGCACAGCAAUUGAUAAGUGCUGAUCCGAACACACUAACACUGGUUGAUGAUACAAAACUCCUCGGUACUGCACAGCAGCCACUACAAAUAACGGCAGUGCCACAGCUUAUCGGUGUCCCUCAUCAUCACAUCAACAGCCGACACGGAGAAGCCUCACAUCAGGAGACCGGUACUGUUGAGGAAGCUGCAGGAGUGCAUGAGUCGGAAGCUCAUGGCCAAGUUGAUACGCACCGACAGCUGCAUGUGCAUCAUCACCAGCAGCAGCAGAAUUCGCAACAACAACAGCAACAGCAGCAGCAGCAGCAAGCUCAGCAAAUUAUAAUUAUCGUAACGGAUCUAAAUCAAACCACUGGAGCAGUUCUUACCAGUAUGAGUGGACAUGCACGUUCACGUGGUCGUCCACCCAUUUACGCGGCUGCAGCGGCUGCCAUUCAACAACAAGGAGGAAACGUUGUGCUUCCGCCUGGACAAGUUGCAAUAACAUCAACGGCGCCGAUGACUAGUAGUGCCGAAAUCAAGUCGCCGCCAUAUCGGCCAGCUGCUCGCCAUAUGAACCCACCACCGAACAGGCGUGAUAUUUUAGCCGUAGCAACUGCCGCAUCAGUUGGUCCAACAUCUGAACUUACGCCGGAGCAGAAGUUGGAGCUCCAGCGGGCAAAACGUGCUGAGCGUGCAAGGUAG